AUGGCCUUGUCAAGCUUGAGGAUCCUAUUGUUAAUAUGUUGUCUCUUUGCCCUGAGAUACGGGCUUGAUCUUGACUUCAUCGAGCACGAAUCGGAACUAGAGGAUGGUUUUAGCUUUGGAGACGGCUGGAAUACUAAACAAGGACCAAUGUUUGACCUCGAAGAGUCUGGUGAUUCAAUGAGGUUCAGAUCCAGUCGCAGUAGCGGCUCCAGCGGUGACUCCAGCAGUGACUCAGAUUCAGAUAAUGACAAGAAUAAAGGAACUCCAAAACCAACGACUCCAUCUCCUACGACUCCAUCUCCUACCACUCCAGAACCAACCACUCCAGAACCAACCACACCUGAACCAACGACUCCAGAGCCAACCACACCUGAACCAACAACUCCAGAGCCAACGACUCCAGAGCCAACGACUCCAGAGCCAACGACUCCAGAGCCAACGACUCCAGAGCCAACGACUCCAGAGCCAACGACUCCAGAGCCAACGACUCCAGAGCCAACGACUCCAGAGCCAACGACUCCAGAGCCAACGACUCCAGAGCCAACAACUCCAGAGCCAACAACUCCAGAGCCAACGACGCCAGAGCCAACAACUCCAGAGCCAACGACUCCAGAGCCAACGACUCCAGAGCCAACGACUCCAGAGCCAACGACUCCAUUUCCUACCACUCCAUCUCCUACCACUCCAGAACCAACAACUCCAGAGCCAACCACACCUGAACCAACAACUCCAGAGCCAACGACUCCAGAGCCAACGACUCCAGAGCCAACGACUCCAGAGCCAACGACUCCAGAGCCAACGACUCCAGAGCCAACGACUCCAGAGCCAACGACUCCAGAGCCAACGACUCCAGAGCCAACGACUCCAGAGCCAACGACUCCAGAGCCAACGACUCCAGAGCCAACGACUCCAGAGCCAACGACUCCAGAGCCAACGACUCCAGAGCCAACGACUCCAGAGCCAACGACUCCAGAGCCAACGACUCCAGAGCCAACGACUCCAGAGCCAACGACUCCAGAGCCAACGACUCCAGAGCCAACGACUCCAGAGCCAACGACUCCAGAGCCAACGACUCCAGAGCCAACGACUCCAGAGCCAACGACUCCAGAGCCAACAACUCCAGAGCCAACCACAGUUGGGAUAGAACUCGAUUUUAUUGAGAACGAAAUGGAGCUAGAGGAUGGUUUUAUGUUUGGAGACGGUUGGAACAGGCCAUCCUUGGACCGACGACUUCCAUUCUUAGAACUUGAGAAGCGUGAUAGUUCCAGUAGCAGUGAUAGUUCCAGUAGUGACUCAGAUUCUGAUAGCGACAAUACUCCUGAACCAACCACUCCAGAACCAACCACUCAAGAACCAACCACUCAAGAACCAACUACUCAAAAACCAACUACUCAAGAACCAACCACCCCUGAACCAACCACUCGAGAACCAACUUCUCAAGAACCAACUACUCAAGAACCAACCACAGAAGGGAUAGAAUUAGAUUUUAUUGAGUACGAAAUGGAGCUAGAGGAUAGUUUUAUAUUUGGAGACGGUUGGAAUAGGCCAUCCUUGGACCGACGACUCCCAUUCUUAGAACUUGAGAAGCGUGAUAGUUCCAGUAGCAGUGAUAGUUCUAGUAGUGACUCAGAUUCUGAUAACGACAAUACUCCUGAACCAACCACCCCUGAACCAACCACUCCUGAACCAACCACCCCAGAACCAACCACUCCUGAACCAACCCCCCCAGAACCAACUACUCAAGAACCAACUUCUCAAGAACCAACUACUCCAGAACCAACCACUCCUGAACCAACCACUCCAGAACCAACCACUCGAGAACCAACUUCUCAAAAACCAACUACUCAAGAACCAACCACCCCUGAACCAACCACUCGAGAACCAACUUCUCAAGAACCAACUACUCAAGAACCAACCACAGAAGGGAUAGAAUUAGAUUUCAUUGAGAACGAAAUGGAGCUAGAGGAUAGUUUUAUAUUUGGAGACGGUUGGAAUAGGCCAUCCUUGGACCGACGACUUCCAUUCUUAGAACUUGAGAAGCGUGAUAGUUCCAGUAGCAGUGAUAGUUCCAGUAGUGACUCAGAUUCUGAUAGCGACAAUACUCCUGAACCAACCACUCCUGAACCAACCACUCCUGAACCAACCCCCCCAGAACCAACUACUCAAGAACCAACUUCUCAAGAACCAACUACCUCAGAACCAACCACUCAAGAACCAACUACUCAAGAACCAACCACAGAAGGGCUAGAAUUAGAUUUUAUUGAGUACGAAAUGGAGCUAGAGGAUAGUUUUAGAACUUGA